AUGGCAGCUCGUACAUCCACAAAGCGCCUUCUUCGCGUCUCAUCAGGACCAAUGUCAAGCCAUGCGACAGCCUCAGCCUCACCACCCGCGCCCGUAAACGCGAGAGCCACCUCAGGCGGCCCCCCAAACCCAGCCCACAACCAAACCAUCAAGCUCCCCGACGGCCGCGCACUGGGCUUCGCCGAGUACGGCGACGCGCGUGGCCGCAAGACGCUGCUCUACUUCCACGGGUACCCGUCAUCGCGCGUCGAGGCCAAGGUGCUGGACAGGCUGGCCCGCGCGCACUCGAUCCGCGUGCUGGCCCUCGACCGCCCCGGCUACGGCCUGUCGACGCCGCAGCGGCCGCGCCGGGCGCUGCUCGACUGGCCGCGCGACGUGGCCGCCUUUGCCGCCAGCCAGCGCCUGGACCGCUUCGCCGUGCUGGGCACGUCGGGCGGCGGGCCUUUUGCCGUCGCCUGCGCGCACGCCCUGGCCCCGUGCAAGCUCGCCGCCGUCGGGCUCUUUGCCGGCGCGCCGCCCUGGGCCGCCGGCCGGCACCUCAUGACGCGCGGGCGCCGCGUGCUCCGCGUGCUGGCCAACUGGUGCCCGGGCCUGCUCGGCGCGGGCGCCGCGCUCGCGCUGCGCCUCGCCCGCUGGCUGGUCGGCACCCGCUGGGUCACCGCGCGCCUCGAUGCCUGGCUGGUGCUGGUCAACCAACAGGCGCGCGACAAGGAGGCCGCGAGGCGCGAGGCGGAUCCGGCGGCGCGGCCCAGCACCGUGCUGGCGCCGGAUGACCGCCCGGUGGCGGAGCAGCGCGCGGCCCUGCUCAACCUGCUGAUUGGCGAACCGUUUGCGCAGGGCUUCGACGGCGCCGUGCAGGAGGCUCGCAUCCUAACCGACGACGACUGGGGGUUCCGUCUCGAGGACGUGGCGUUUCGUCACGCGCCGAUCAAGAUCUGGCACGGCACCAAGGACGCCAAUGCCCCGAUCGAGGCCAUCCGCUAUCUGGCGGAGAGGCUGCCCAAUGCCGAGCUGCACGAGUACAGCCAAGAUACGCACUACACAAUGGGAGACCACAUUGAGGAGGCCUUGCUGGAUUUGAUGGAUGAGACAGACAGAGGCGAGAAGAUGCCAUGA